AACAGGACGGGGAGAAGAGAGCGGAUGUCAGUGGCGUUCCUGCAUCGAAUUGUGCGACUAUUUUGUUUGCAUUUCACUGUAGGCGAUCCGCCGACACACAGCUAGCUCACCUGGUGGAUCUUGUCCAACUAUCCUUGUAGCUGCGACCAUCCAAUCCCUACACAUCAGACAUUGCUCACACUAGUCUUAGAAUAUGUCCGGCACAGUCGGACGCGCUGCGGCCCCGCCUUGGCUGAAGGGGAUCCCGCAAGGCCGUCCUCCCGCAGCAGAGCACGUGAAAAGGCGGACCCACCGGUUGAACAAUGGUCGGCUUAGGUCAAAGUUGCAGCCUUUACGAUUACCCACUCUAUUCUCGUAGUAGCCCCUCAAGUUUAGUGCUGCGAGCACUGCGUUUAAUCUGUAUGUGUUACAGUAGUGUUGCUAAUUGUUGCCUGCACUGCUUCUGACCUUUUAGCAUUUGAAGGCCUUUGUGCGUAUGGGACAUUAGGUUGAGGUUGGUGCUCUCCUACCCAACGCUUUUUCUUAGGGCACAUGGUUCUGCCCUAGAGUUUGGGUAGGGUAGGUGUCCGUGGACCUCUGCUCCACUGGGGCAAGUGCCUUUGUCUCUGCAGAGCUGACAAAGGCUGUGGACCUGAUCUUAAUCCAUUUCUCUUUCUAAGUGGAAGCAUUUUGUCAACAGCAUCCAGUGGAAAUGCCUCCACUGGUUGGGGGUAGCACCAUUGAGCCUUGAAUGAAGCGACCCAACGUACUCCUUCACCCUUUUAUCUGGAGUUGGGACCGGACGGUGUUACCACCAGAAGCAGGAUUUUUCUUGGAGGCUGACGUACCUUCCAUCUCUGUGCUUCGUGUCGCAUAAUCCAAAAGCCCACGGAAUUGCCUCCGGUGAAGGCAAUUGGGAAUGCUCAUGAUCUUCGUAGACGACGCCGGAACAUAUCUUCCUGCUAUCAACCAUUCUCCUUGGGAUGGUGUCAACCUUGCUGAUUUUGUUAUGCCAUUUUUCUUGUUUAUAGUUGGAGUUGCGCUUGCACUUACGUAUAAGCGAGUCUCAAACAAAGCAAUGGCAACCAAGAAAGCAGUCCUUCGAGCAGCAAAGCUCUUCGUUGUAGGCCUUGUUAUUCAAGGUGGUUAUUUCCAUGGCCUUCACAAUUUAACUUAUGGAGUUGAUAUUUUGAGUAUAAGAUGGACCGGCAUACUACAGAGAAUUGCAAUUGCCUACUUGUUGGCUGCAAUAUGUGAAAUCUGGCUUAAAAGCGAUGAUGAUGUUGAUUCUGGUCACUCCUUGGCCAGGCGAUACCGAUCUCAAUUGUUGGUGGCUUUGAUCCUUACAACCAUUUACAUGAUUCUUCUAUAUGGUCUAUAUGUUCCUGACUGGGAAUACCAGUUACCAGUGGCAGGAUCCGGACCGAAGUCCUUUUCAGUCGAAUGUGGAGUGAGGGGUGACACAGGACCUGCCUGCAAUGCUGUGGGAAUGAUCGAUCGCCGAAUCUUUGGCGUCCGACAUCUUCAUAGACGUCCUGUCUAUGAGAGGACAAAGCAAUGCAGCAUAGAUUCACCAGCUAGUGGCCCACUUCCACCUGAUGCUCCCUCAUGGUGUCAAGCUCCUUUUGAUCCUGAAGGACUACUUAGUUCUGUAAUGGCAAUUGUGACUUGCUUGAUCGGGUUGCAGUUCGGGCACGUUAUAGUGCAUUUUAAGGAUCACAAGGAUCGAAUCGUGCAGUGGAUGAUACCUUCCUUCUGUCUUUUAGCAUUGGCCUUUUCAUUAGACUGCUUUGGAGUGCAUAUGAACAAGGCUUUGUACACCUUAAGUUAUACUUGCGCCACUGCUGGGACUGCUGGGAUGCUCUUCACUGGAGUAUAUGUGCUGGUUGAUGUCUAUGGCUAUAGGAGGCCAACACUGGCAAUGGAAUGGUUGGGUAUGCAUGCUCUUAUGAUCUACGUUCUAAUAGGCUGCAACAUAUUUCCAGUAUUCAUCCAAGGAUUCUACUGGAGGGAGCCUCAGAACAAUCUUCUGAGGGUCAUUGGAAUUGGUUCUUGAACCAGAACCUGAGCAAUAAUAUAGCAGGAGAUCAGAUGGCUGCCAGAGUCUGAGGUGGAGGGGAUCAUGGUAUGUCGCAUGUAGUCCUCUUCACCAAAAUAAAGCUCUUCAGUUUAUUGCCAUUUACCAGUUCCUAAUGCUUGGAGAGAGGAUCUCUGCUGUGCUGGUGAGGCCAAAAUAUUCUUUCUUGAGCCUGUGAAAUGGUGCUUCAAAGGUUAAAUUGCAGAUCACAAGUUACACCAUUUUUGGCUCCUAUUAGUUUCUACCUAAAGCAGGCUCCUGCAAUGGGCUUCUAUUUUCAGUUGCCUGUAAAGUACUCUAUAUAAUGCUUGUAAAUCAAACUACUUAUGAAACUUCCACUGCUUCCAUUUCACCACUCCCUCCUACCCCAUUCCCUAAUGAUAGCAAGAACAAAGCAAUUCCAACAA